ACCGGCAAAAUCCUGAUCGGCUUUCUUCCACAACCUUCGUCGGAGCUCUUCGAAUUUCCCACAUUCAAAGCCACCGACGGCAGUCGUGCCUGCGUCGCUAUCGUAUUCUCCCCACCGCUUCCGGGGAUUCUGCUGAGGUCGACGUAGAAAGCUACUCCUUCUCUUUCCAGGUUCGCUUCCUUCCCGCCCUCUACCUUUCCUUUUCCCUUCAGAUAGUCUCGACUGUGAAAUGUCAAGAAGAACUACUGCCGCCAUAGUGGAUACAGAUUGAUGAGUUUUCUUAUAUGGUUUUCGUUUAUAGCUAUAAGGAAUCUUUCAAAGUAACAAUUUUUAUUCCGGGAGAAGUUAGAUAUUGUCUGUGGAAUUGUGGAUAGGUUUAGGUUUAUGGACCGACCGCCGGCGCAUGAUUACGCUGCUGCAGCAAUGGCGUAUGCCCAACAACAGCAGCAGCAGCAACAACAACAACAACAGCCGCCAUUUGGGUUUCACCCGCAGCAUCAAGGCCAGCAGUUUCCUCCACCGCCGGCAUUCAUUCCGCCGCCUCAUCCUUCAAUGCAACAACAAUUCCCGUACCCUCACCACUUACAGCAGCAGCAGCAACCUCAGCUCCACCCUCACCCUCACGCGCCACCACACCCUCACCUUCUCCACCACCAGCAGCCUCUCCCUGGUUUCUCCUCUCACUUGCCUCCCCCGAUCCUUCCAUCUCCCUUCCACGGUGGUGGUGGUCCUUAUGAUUCAGCUCCACCGCCGCCAGCUCCUCCUCCAUCUGAUCCCGAGCUUCAGAAACGGAUUGACAAGCUAGUCGAGUACUCAGCGAAGAAUGGGCCAGAAUUCGAGGCGAUGAUUCGUGACAAGCAGCAGGAUAAUCCGGCUUAUAGCUUUCUGUUUGGUGGCGAGGGACAUAACUACUAUCGGUUUAAGCUUUGGGUGUCUACUCGACCUCCGCCGGCUGGCCCUUACAAUGCUCCUUUCCCGCCUUCAUCUUCUGUUCCAUUGAUGCAUCCUCCUCCUCAGAUAAUGCAGCAACCGGGGUUCCCGCCAUUCUAUGAUCCGCAUCAGCAGCACCACCAGUCGCCUCAGCCGCCAUUUGGGGCACAUGUGGGGGGAGGUGAUUUUGAUCAGUUUGCCAAGUCGUUUAAAGGUCUUUCUGGUCCACUUCCGCCUGAUGUUGCUGUGGAGUUGACUAAUGUGAUGAAUAGUUUGAAUGGCACCAAAGAUUCGAUUAAAGGGGCAAAGACUUGGUUCAUGCAGAGGUCUCCUUUUGCACCUGGUUUGGCUGAGGGUAUGAGAGAUAGGGUUUUCUCUGUGGAUGAUUCCGAGAGGCAGCUGCAUGUCAUAUACCUUGCUAAUGACAUACUUUUUGACAGUUUGCAGAGAAGGGCUAAUCCUCAUGAGCUUGAUAAUGAGGCCCUUGCAUUCAAGCCAGUCCUGGGUUCAAUGCUUGCAAGAAUUUACCAAAACCCCGCGAAUAAGGAAGAGAAUCAGUCACGCUUACAGAAAAUCCUGCAGUUCUGGGGCUCCAAGGAGGUUUAUGAUCACGAUACCAUUCGUGCACUGGAGGCUGAAAUGGUCAGCGGGGCACCAACUAGCUCGAUCUUAGGACCUGCAAGGGACUUGUCCGAUUCGAUGACUGCUGCAGGAUUCCCACAGCAGCCAACGAACCACCACAGUGCUUCACAUUGGCAGCUAGAUAAGCAACAUGAGCGGGAGCAUGCUGAUAAACAAGUCCCACCCUCUGCCUUGCCGCCACUUGCUGCCCAGCAAUUCCUUGCAAACUCUGUCCCUGCUGGUGGUUUUGCUGGUACUGUGCCCAUAAUCCCUGCCGCUCAACCACCACUGCUACCAACUCCUCCUCCGGCCCUCGCCGAGAAAUUACCACCAUACCCUUUAUUCCCACCAGGACUCAUCCCCGGGAUGGUCCGAAAAAUGCAGAUCGGAAGUGGCGUCCCAUACUCUCCUCUGAGCCCUCUCGACAUCCCGACCAUGAUCCCGCCAUCCGCAGUUUCCCCAUCUGAGGUCCUAGAGCGAGUCUCCAAAUUUUUCAAAGAGAUCGGAGAGGUCAACCCGUCGGAAGGGCCGAUGAAGUCAUCCGACGAUGAUGAUUACGACGACUACGAGAGGGACCGGUCUCCUGUACGUAAAGGCGGAGCAUGUAUCCCCCCGCCUCCUAACCUGCAGGUUGUCGACCCCGAGACGGGGACUUAUCCUGAUGGAAGUGUGGAGAGAAAACCGGGAGCACUGGGAUCUGGAAGGCUUGGAUUGGGGGCAACCGCUGACCCUAAUGAGGUGAGCCAGUAUGAUGAUGUAUACUCGUCGUACAGGAAACAGAGAAGCAGUAAUUAUCAUACUUCCAUGAGUGCAAGAGCAGCUGUCUCUGUCAAGAGAGCGACGUAAUUUUUCUCCGUUUGCGGGUUAGUAUCUGUUUGUGUACUCCUUUCUGAUUAGGGGAUGGAUGUUUGUGUUUUACUGCAAGGAAUGGGGAUUCACUGUAAUCAGAUUACU